AUGGCCGCUCCGUGGGUGCUACUGGUUAUUUUCAUGGCGAUGAUUUGUGUAGGUGAGAGCGAGGGAGAAGGACCCAAGACAGUGUCUCGUCUCUCUUCUGCUCUUCUGAACUCAUCUGGUUGGAAACCCAACGACAACACGUACUUGGUUUCUUCAGAUGGUACGUUUUGUGCUGGGUUUUAUAACGUGACACCAAAUCGUUAUGCCUUUGCUGUCUGGUAUGCCAACGAUUCUGAUCGAACUCUAGCGUGGAUGGCGAACUUAACUUCUCUUGUGGGCGCCAACUCUUCUUUGACCUUACAAAAAGGGGCUCUCUCCAUUUCAGACGAGCAUGGUGCAAUUGUGUGGAGGAGUAAGGUCACGCCUAAUUCUAAAUAUGCCAUGGAUCUUAUUUUGCAGGACGUGGGCAAUAUGGUGUUCAAUCAGUGGGAAAGCUUCAAGGACUUCCCCACAUUUAAUCUUCUUCCCACUCAAGAUUUCACCGCAGGAGACGUUUUGCAGUCGAGAUUGGCAAACGGGAUUUAUGGUAGAGACGGCAACUACUAUUCUCUUUCUUUAGAGAAAGAGACCAACAAACUUUCCUUGUUUUAUUACAGGAGCAAAGAGGAAGGGCGAGAACCCAAAUGGUAUUGGCAGUCAGAAGAUAGCUUUCCGAUCGCCACCAUGACCGAUUCUGGAUACCUGAAUACCAGCAUCAUCAGUACUGGUACUCCGAUCAUGGCGUCCGACCGGGGUAAAAUGGGCAUCUUGAGAAGAUUGACUUUAGAUAGAGACGGAAACCUCAGAAUGUAUAGUCGGAAAAGAAAUCCUCCUUCUUCUUCAUGGGUUGUAGUUUGGGAAGCCAUCUUAGCACACUGCAAAAUCCACGGGGCCUGUGGAGAGAACGCUGUGUGUAAAGUAAACUCGGCCUGGAAACCAAUUUGCCAAUGCCCACCUGGUUUCGACCCGAGCCCAGUUGAUAAUCGAAGCUGCAAGCCGCACAAUGAUAUCAAGGAGCUCACCAAUGUAACAUUUGUUACCUUGGACUACGUUAAUUUCGAGGGAUUGAAUUCAACACAAGUGCAGCCCACAAUAUUACAAGACUGCAUAGACUUUUGUAGGACCAACACCAGCUGUGUGGGUUUCGCGUACAACCUGGACAAUGGAAACUGUGUCUAUCAAUUCGGCAAAUUGAUCAAUGGAUAUUGGUCUCCAGAAGCGCAUACACGCAUGUAUUUGAAGAUCUCUGCAAGCAGUGAAGAAGCUCCGAAUCUCUUUCAGGGUAUGCUUUCUGUACUCGAAAAUGUUUGUCCGAUGCUUGUAAAAAUUUCAUCCCCGAAUGAUUCCGACCACACGACGGAAUACAUCAUCAUAAUUUGGUCCUUUGUGGGUGCCGAGCUGCUCUGCGGGGUUUACUUCUUCUACGCUUUUCUGACGAAGUACUCGAAAUUCAGAGACAUGGAUCGACUUUUGAUGUCGGGUAUUCUUCCUUCUGGUGGGCCGAAGAAAUUCUCGUACGCAGAAUUGAAAGCAGCCACCAAUAAUUUCAGCAACAAACUGGGCGAAGGAGGAUUCGGGCCCGUCUACAGGGGCGUUCUGGGAGAUCAGAGGCAGAUUGCAGUGAAGAAACUGGAAGGUCUUCAUCAUGGAGAGAAACAAUUUUGGGCAGAGGUGAGCAUCAUAGGGCGAAUCCAUCAUCUCAAUCUUGUUCGUAUGUGGGGAUUCUGUGCAGAAGGUGAGCAUAGACUUCUGGUAUACGAGUACAUACCCAAUGGGUCUCUAGAGAAGCAUUUGUUCAAGACGGAGGGAGCGACUGUAAUGGAGUGGGGCGUCAGAUACCGCAUAGCUUUGGGAGUAGCGAGAGCCAUCGCUUACCUGCACGAGGAGUGCCUGGAAUGGGUUCUUCAUUGUGACAUCAAACCAGAGAAUAUUUUGGUCGAUGCGAAUUUUUGCCCUAAGGUUUCUGAUUUUGGUCUAGCUAAAUUGGUUGAAAAAGAUUGCAGCUUGAACGUAUCUAAGAUCAGAGGGACACGGGGAUAUUUAGCACCAGAGUGGUUUCAAAGCAAUCUUAUUACGGCAAAAGUGGAUGUUUAUAGCUUUGGAAUGGUGCUUUUUGAAAUGGUUAGUGGGAAAAGAAAUUUGACUGACAAUGAGUUCUAUUUUCCUGAAUGGGCGUUCCAGAUGGUGGUAGUAGAGGGAAAGCCAGAAGAGGUGGUGGAUAAAAGAUUGAACGGAAUAAGAGAGAACCGAAGUGAAAUGGAAGCAGUGCGGAGAGUGGUGAAGACAGCAUUGUGGUGCAGUCAGAGUCGGGCAGAGGAGAGGCCUUCGAUGGGCAAGGUGGCGAAGAUGUUGGAUGGCAGCAUAGAAAUUGAGGAUCCUCCUAAGCCCUCACUAUUCGAGGACGCUGGUAGUAGUCUACAAUCACUAUUCCAGGAUACUGGUGGAGGCUCGCAAUUGCCUUCUUAUAGCGGCAUGAACACAUCCAUCACAAGGUCUGGACUUAGCCGCUUCUAA